GGGUGGGGGCGAUGGCUCUGUGCAUGCGCAUUUUGAGCUCUCCCAGCAGCCUUCACCGAAAGAUGGUGCCGCGGGACUCUCUACUGCUGCCAGUGUGAGGGAACGCCAAGUGACUCUGUCUGUCCCCGUGUUCCAGCUCCGCGUCGUCAAGAAGGCAGAGGUUGAGCCCGGCGGAUGCGAUGGCAGCGGUGGUGGCCAAGCGGGAAGGGCCGCCGUUCAUCAGCGAGGCAGCUGUGCGAGGCAACGCCGCGGUUCUGGAUUACUGCCGCACCUCAGUGUCAGCGCUGUCGGGGGCCACGGCCGGCAUCCUCGGCCUCACCGGCCUCUACGGCUUCAUCUUCUACCUGCUUGCUUCCAUCCUGCUCUCCCUGCUCCUGAUUCUCAAGGCUGGAAGGAGGUGGAACAAAUAUUUUAAAUCACGAAGACCUCUCUUUACAGGAGGCCUCAUAGGAGGCCUCUUUACCUACGUCCUGUUCUGGACAUUCCUCUAUGGCAUGGUGCACGUCUACUGAAAUGAGGGCAGGGGUAAUUUUUUGAAGAAAAAACAAAAAACGAUUGGGAAGACUGUUGUCAGAAAUUAACACCGCGUAGACUUACUUAGUUUUUAAAUUGUUGAAUUCGCUGUUUGCUCUGUAACGUUAUAAAUAAUUUAUAUCUGAAGACAGAGAGCCUGUAAUAUUCUUCAGAUUAAAUGAAGUUUGAGACACUUUGUGGAGUUUUUUCCUGCCUUAGCACAGGGGUUCUGCCACGGGUGCAGAAUUGCCAACAUUCAACUCCUGGAGAUGAUCACCAGGGCUUAAGUAAAAAGAGUAAGUUAAAUAACUUACUGUUAACAUCGUAAGAACUGUUAACAGUUAAUAUUUAGUAGUGUUUCUUACAUGUCGGGCAUUAUAUGCCUUGUGUGUUUUUUGUUUUUUUUUUUUUUUUUUUCGGUUUUUUGAGACAA